AUGAGUCGCAACAACCGGGGAAGAGGUGGUGGUGGAGACGGCAAGAAGUUGAGUUACAAGGAGAAGAGUUCCAUAACUUAUGUUCAGAACAAUGAUCCGCCGUUUUUGAGGAAGAUAAAGGAAAAGUUUGGCUACCAGGAGACCAAAUUGGAGGAUAAAGUAAGUAUCCAUCUUUCGGAAAAUUUUUGUUUAGUUCUUUGAUGAAGGUGGCGAAGAUGCAGAAGAGAGUCCUGGGUUCUCGGGAGAUCCAGAUGAUAUCAGGAACCUGAAGAAAGAAGACCGGCCUCAAAUUGUAGUUCUGAAUCCCGAAAAAGAUGUAUCCGAAGGAGAACUGGAUGAGGAAGUGAAGAAGAAAAGGGAAGCCGAAGACAGUAAGUGGUCAAACAUUUUCUUACUCCUCGGUUUACAGAAGAAAAGAUCGAGAAAGGCCUUAUCACAUUCAAAAAGCCUGUAAAACGAACAGCUCCGGAGUCCGAAGACAAAUCCAACGAAAAGAAAAAGAAACAGGAAACUCAGCAACAUAUUCAACAAAGUCGUUUGUUAUCUUUUGGGGACGAAGAAGGCGAUUAA